AUGGCCACUCUGAACAUUCUGAAAGAGAAAGGCUAUGGAUUUGUGGAAGAUCCAGAAUACCGACUGGAAAAAUGCGUUUCUCAAAAGAUCAGCCUGGAUUUCCAUGAGCGACAUGCAUUCGCAUUAGCUCUGAAUCGGAAUUGCCAACCUAUCAGUCGAUUGGAAAUGGACGGACAUGGAAUCGUGGCUCGAGCAAAGCGAGAAGUUGUGUCAAUCGUAAUUGCUACCACUACAUUGAUCGCCGUGACCGUGAACUUUGCGUUGGACUGGUAUAGAAGUAACCUGGUGCAUGCCGAGAUGGAAAAGCUGAAGCAGAUGCAGCAGCUAAUUUUUUCCAACUCAAACAUCACUAUCGACUUACUGAAGCAGCAAGAAAACGUUUAUCAGGACGCUUACUUUGAAGCGAUUCAAGCGGCUAUUUUUCAAAAUGGAAAAUUGGAGACUGUCAUGUCGUUUUUUCAGUUGGAUAUCGACAAAAUGGUAGCAGAGUUUGAGUUUGAAAAGGACAUCAAUAAUGCGAUUUUGGAGAAGUUCACCCACAACUUCUAUUGUGGAGAGAGUGCGAACAUCUACGAGCUGGAAGUUUGCGGUUGGACGAACCCAACAAGAGUGUAUGGAGACGUAAAACUGAUCGCUCCCAUCGGGAAUUUCAUUCACAACGGAGAAGCGUUCUCCUACUAUGACACCCCGAAAUUAACACUUUUCACAAAAAAUGACGAACCCAUCUCCACCGACGGCUGCGAAUCAAUUGGAUCUCAUUGGUCAUGCAAAAAGGCAACAAAAGGAUGCACGAUUGCCGAAUACAAAAGCUGCACUCCCAAAAUUGUGCACACUCCGGAUCACGUUUUCGCAGUGGAAAUUGAGGAUAUGACGUUGAUUGCGACUACACUAUCGCAUUAUUCUCUCUUCAAAGAUGGAUCCAAUUCUGCUUCAAGUGUCCACGACGUGCCUCAAUCGGGACAAUUUUUAUUGAAGGCUCCCCACAAUACUAUUGUUCAAUUUGGAACUCGAAGAUUCACCGGUCGACACGAGGAACAUGAGGCAAUUCAGAUAAAUGUGGAAGAAAAGAUGCCACAUUUGGACCAUGGAAAAAUUAGACAGUUCGUGGAAAACUUGAAAGCACAAGGAAAGGUUAUGAGUGAGUUUGAAGAACUUCUACUUCACGAUAGUGCGAUGGACGCUGGAUUCAUCGACUCGGCUCUCCAUUGGUUUCGCACAAAGUUUUACUGGAUUCUCAUUAUUGGCGGAGCGGUGUUGGCUGCAAUUGCCGCGUUCUUCGUAUUGGCAUACUGCUGCUCCUGCUGGUGUUCCGAAAGGAAAGGAAAGAAAACUAAUAAUUUCUAUGAAGCUGUGUAA